AUGUUCAAUGUUGCUCCAAAUUCGACAUUUGAGCCUGAAAGAACUUCCUUUCAAACUCAUUAUUCAACUGUUGAUGUAAUAAACAUGAUGUUAUUGGUCUCCAUCUUUGCUGUUGGAGUGGCGGGGAAUGUAUUAGUAAUCUACAUCUUCGGUAUUAAGGCAGGAACGAAACGUAAACGUUUUGAGGCGUUCCUUUUAGUCCUGGGAAUUGUUGACUUCAUUUCAUCAAUCGUUGUCCCGCUGUCAUUUUUAUACUUGACGAUAACUAAUUACCAAGAAUGGCAUUUCGGAUUAACUGGAUGUAAGAUUAUUCCGUCCCUUCUCCAAAUUAGCAUCACUGUAUCGCAAGGAGUUUUGAUUCUAAUAUGUUAUGAAAGAUAUCAGGCCAUUGUGCAUCCAUUUACCAAGAGGUUAUCUUUGCUACAAGUUGCCUUAUGGUUGAUUUUUAUAUGUAUCCUAGCAACAACGCUGUCCAUUCCAUACGCAAUGACAUUAGAGAUUGUUCAAGAUGAUUACUAUAAGAUUCGAACAUGUACUCCUGACUCUAAUCAAGGUGGUACCUUGCUGGUAUCGGCAUGCGUCAAUCUCCUCAAAGACGUAUUUGCUGCUUUUAUUUUGAUUUACCUGUCAUAUCAUAUGAGACUUUGCUUGGUCAAAGAGUACACUAAUAUAACAUGGAAUAGAAGUCAGUUUUCUGAAAAGGGAAGAAGAUUAAUGAUCCUGGUCAUCGUGGUCUUCCUGCUACUUACUUUUCCAGUCGACAUAUACCGAGUUGGAGUAUUGUCUUUAUUUUUAUCAAAAUCUGAAAUCUCACAAACUGCAUACAACACCAUAGUGAUGUGCAAUACAUUUUUGAAUAUACUUCAAAUGUGUAGUUCGGUUGUUAAUGUGUUUAUUUACUCCAAGGUGCAUCAAAACUUUCUGUUAAAUUUACCUAGCUGUUGGAAAAAGAGAAAACGGUCGUUCUCAAACUUAAACGGUAGUGGUAUUGGAACGGAGAUUAAUUUGUUCUUAGCUUUGACUGCGUCCAACAUGGUGCAGCAAGUGGAUGAGGAUGGAUUGCUCGUGUCACACGUUUAG